UGACCAGACUGCUCCUAAGACCCCCUGCCCCGCGUCGCAGCCAUGAACUACCUGCGGCGCCGCCUGUCGGACAGCAACUUCAUGGCCAAUCUGCCAAAUGGGUACAUGACAGACCUGCAGCGCCCGCAGCCGCCCCCGCCGCCGCCCGCUGCCCCCAGCCCGGGAGCCACGCCCGGUCCUGCGACCGCCACUGCUGAGAGGGCCUCAUCGGCAGCCCCCGUGGCCUCUCCGGCUGCCCCUAGCCCCGGGUCCUCUGGGGGCGGUGGCUUCUUCUCGUCACUGUCCAAUGCGGUCAAGCAGACCACGGCGGCCGCGGCCGCCACCUUCAGCGAGCAAGUGGGCGGCGGCUCUGGGGGCGCAGGCCGUGGGGGCGCUGCCGCCAGGGUGCUGCUGGUAAUCGACGAGCCCCACACCGACUGGGCGAAAUACUUCAAAGGGAAAAAGAUCCAUGGAGAAAUUGACAUUAAAGUAGAACAGGCUGAAUUCUCUGAUCUCAACCUCGUGGCUCAUGCCAAUGGUGGAUUCUCUGUGGACAUGGAAGUCCUUCGGAAUGGGGUGAAGGUUGUGCGGUCUCUGAAACCAGACUUCGUGCUGAUCCGCCAGCAUGCCUUCAGCAUGGCACGGAAUGGAGACUACCGCAGUUUGGUCAUUGGGCUGCAGUAUGCCGGAAUCCCCAGCGUUAACUCUUUGCAUUCUGUCUACAACUUCUGUGACAAGCCCUGGGUGUUCGCUCAGAUGGUUCGACUGCACAAGAAACUGGGGACAGAGGAAUUCCCUCUAAUCGAUCAGACCUUCUACCCCAAUCACAAAGAGAUGCUCAGCAGCACAACGUACCCUGUGGUUGUGAAGAUGGGGCACGCACACUCUGGGAUGGGUAAGGUCAAGGUGGACAACCAGCACGACUUCCAGGACAUCGCAAGUGUCGUGGCACUGACCAAGACAUAUGCCACUGCCGAGCCCUUCAUUGAUGCCAAAUACGAUGUGCGCGUCCAGAAGAUUGGGCAGAACUACAAGGCCUACAUGAGGACGUCAGUGUCAGGAAACUGGAAGACCAACACCGGCUCUGCGAUGCUUGAGCAGAUUGCCAUGUCUGACAGGUACAAGCUGUGGGUGGACACGUGCUCAGAGAUCUUUGGGGGACUGGACAUCUGCGCAGUGGAAGCACUGCAUGGCAAGGAUGGAAGGGAUCACAUCAUUGAGGUGGUGGGCUCCUCCAUGCCGCUCAUCGGUGACCACCAGGAUGAAGACAAGCAACUCAUCGUAGAGCUUGUGGUCAACAAGAUGGCCCAGGUCCUGCCCCGGCAGCGGCAGCGGGAUGCCUCUCCCGGCAGGGGCUCCCACAGCCAGACUCCGUCCCCAGGGGCCCUGCCCUUGGGCCGCCAGACAUCCCAGCAGCCCGCGGGGCCCCCAGCUCAGCAACGACCCCCGCCACAGGGCGGCCCUCCACAGCCGGGCCCAGGCCCCCAACGCCAGGGACCCCCGUUGCAGCAGCGCCCGACCCCGCAGGGCCAACAGCACCUUUCGGGCCUUGGACCCCCAGCUGGCAGCCCCCUGCCCCAGCGCCUUCCGAGUCCCACAUCAGCGCCCCAGCAGCCUGCGUCCCAGGCCACACCGCUGCCCCAGGGUCAAGGCCGCCAAUCCCGGCCAGUGGCGGGAGGCCCCGGGGCACCUCCAGCAGCCCGUCCACCUGCCUCCCCCUCUCCCCAGCGCCAGGCAGGCCCCCCACAGGCUACUCGUCAGACAUCGGCCUCUGGUCAGGCUCCGCCAAAGGCCUCAGGGGCUCCACCGGGUGGUCAGCAGCGCCAGGGCCCACCCCAGAAGCCCCCAGGCCCUGCCGGCCCCACACGCCAGGCCAGCCAGGCGGGUCCCAUGCCCCGCACUGGGCCACCCACCACGCAGCAGCCGCGACCCAGUGCCUCCGGCCCUGCUGGACGUCCCACCAAGCCACAACUGGCCCAGAAACCCAGCCAGGAUGUGCCACCACCUGCCACUGCCGCUGCCGGGGGACCCCCACACCCCCAGCUCAACAAAUCCCAGUCUCUGACCAAUGCCUUCAACCUUCCAGAGCCAGCCCCGCCCAGGCCCAGCCUUAGCCAGGACGAGGUGAAAGCUGAGACCAUCCGCAGCCUGAGGAAGUCUUUCGCCAGCCUCUUCUCCGACUGACACCCCACCCUGAGA